AUGACAAGUGGCUUCUGGAACUUGUCAACUCGCAUACCUUUUCAAAAAUCGGUCAACAAGUCUGAAAACCAUACCACUUCUACCGCUGCACAGAAACAGCCUUCAAAGCGUCAAGAUGCUUCCAGCACGUUUGACAGCGCUGAAAAUCUAGUUCGCUGGACGACGUCUCACCUGCGACGGCCCAAAUCUCGCAGUGCCUUGGCCCGGCCUAUGGAAGUAAAGAACAGGUCCAGAAAUGAAGAUGUCGUGCCCGAAGAAGCCAAUACUCAGAAUUCCGAAUCGUCAUUGUCAAGCAGUGUGACCUCGACGCAUUCCAUGACGACGGAUCAGAGCCAUACAUCGAUUGAAGAAGUCACUGACACAAGCGAGUCCGAGUUUCAUGAUUCUCCUUCGAGGGAAAUGUCGCCACCACCCUUUUUCUAUCCUGUACCGCAAGAUAUGGUGCCACAAGUGGCUCAAACAGCCGGAAUCGCAAGCGGCUAUGCUACUCCUUCGAUAUCCUUGCCCGCUAGUGCCUCGACCCUCACGGAGUUCCGGUCACUGAGCCGUCGAGCCAGCGGUGUGGGUCAUUCUCCUUUGCGAAUGUCAGGUAUAGCUCCGUCGUCUGGAGCCCCAAUCAAGCUCGAUGAUUCGACCGGUUUAUCGAUUCCAAUGGCGUCGACCUCGUCAUCUCAUCAGGGUCUAGAGGUGCCCACGGUUCAGGAGCAGGAGAGAAGCCCAGGGAGCUUGACACGCAUACGUGAAGAAGGCCCACAACCGCAUGAUCAUUCCAGUUCUCUAUCCGUUUCAACUCGAUUUGAUGAACAUGGCUCUGGAGACUCGAUCUUGAAUGACACCGUACCGCCGACGCCUACGCAAAUUAUGAGCCAUCGGUCUUCCAUGUUAGGUGCACCGACACUGUGGAUGACAUCAACCUGUGAUGUCGUCAGUGGCACCGCUACGCCGCGGCUAUGGCGGUCCCAGCUCAACUCGCCGACUGUGUUACCGUCACCCACCGCUCGGAGGGCCCCCUAUGGUCCUGAAAGGAGUGUAGUGGAAGAGAGCCCGGGUGAUUCUCUUACGACCACACCACGGAGACUCGACUCUUUCGCGGGUGCGCAUAAGCAGGGGACUACAUUGGCGGCAGUAUCGGCCAAUAAAUCCCCCAAUACUCUCGGCUUACUGGGCAGCAUGCCAGACAACAAACCCCCUUUGUGGAUGCGUCGCAACCAAGGCCAAGGACUGCUGAGACUGCAAGUCGAUCCCUCAGAACUGUCGAAGCAGAUUGGUACGAGCAGCCUGACACAUGACAUGUUGCUUCAUGCCAAUAACAUUCUUCAUGGUGUGGCCAUGGAGCAGGAGCGCUCGAUGAUGAAACAUGAGAGGGGGAACAAGCUGUUGCUCCAUGAUGCAAGCAGGUCGAGCUUGUCAUUCUCGGAAGAUAUGCCUAGAGAGGGCGAAGAAGAGCUUCCACCGUACCAGUGCACGGUGCACAUGGAAGGAUAUUUGCCCUGCAAAAUGGAGAACCGCACAGCUGACACGGGCAUGGCGCGUGGAUGGGAUUCCAUGUACUUUGUGGUGCAUGGUACGGCUCUCUACAUGUACAAGACGAAUGUGUCGCUUUUCUACCGCCCAGACAUGACGCCUACGCACGCAUGGAAUUUGAACAACAGUGAGGGUGUCCUUGUGCACAAGCAGCCAUGCAAUGCGGAAGAUGUGCUGGACGACAACCACGUUGCGGUUGAUGAGCUGUCGAUGUCACUCGAAGAACGCGUGAAGCAAGGCAUUGAGCUGGGCCGCUCAUUUGCGUCCUAUCAGGCACCAUCUCAUGCGCCACGUGUGCCCAAUCAAGAAGAGCGCACUCGAUUUGUCGACAUGCUCGAAAAGCAUCAUUUCCACACCUACUCCAUGGAUGGGGCACAGUGUGGCUAUGCAGCAGAUUAUACCAAGCGACCUUGCGUUAUUCGCAUCAAGGUGGCGAAUAACCAGUUUUUGAUUCAAACGCGCAACAACCACCACCUUGUUGACUGGAUCGAGGCGUUGCAGGGCUCGACAAACGUGUCGACAGACCUCGACUGUCGCCCGAUGCCCAAGUUUGUCACACUACCUCGUCGUCGUCGUCAUCGCCGUGAUACUGAGGCCAUGGUUAUCCGUGAUCCUGAGGAUACGUCACGCGCACGAUCGUCUGCUGGCACACAGCCCUCGACGCUUCCUCAUCGUGCAGAGCCUGUCACGAUGCGCACAAGUGCCAUUGCCACAUAG